AUGGCGGAAGAUGACCCGUAUUUGGGAGGGCAUGAACAAAUGUUUCAUUUGGAUCCUAUGAAUCAUACAAUAUUUAAUCCAGAAUUAUUUCAACCAGAGAUGCCACUGCCAACAGCAGAUGGCCCAUACCUUCAAAUAUUAGAGCAACCUAAACAGAGAGGAUUUCGUUUCCGUUAUGUGUGCGAAGGCCCCUCCCACGGUGGACUCCCUGGUGCAUCUAGUGAAAAGAACAAGAAGUCCUACCCUCAGGUCAAAAUCUGCAACUAUGUGGGACCUGCAAAGGUUAUUGUUCAGUUGGUCACAAAUGGAAAAAACAUUCACCUGCAUGCACACAGCCUGGUGGGAAAACACUGUGAGGAUGGCAUCUGCACUGUAACUGCUGGACCCAAGGACAUGGUGGUCGGCUUUGCGAACCUGGGUAUACUUCAUGUGACAAAGAAAAAAGUAUUUGAAACACUGGAAGCACGAAUGAUGGAGGCAUGCAUAAGGGGCUAUAAUCCCGGACUCUUGGUGCAUCCUGAUCUUGCCUAUUUGCAAGCAGAAGGUGGAGGAGACCGGCAGCUCACAGAUCGGGAAAAGGAGGUCAUCCGCCAGGCAGCUCUUCAGCAGACCAAGGAGAUGGACCUCAGCGUGGUGCGGCUCAUGUUCACAGCUUUCCUUCCAGACAGCACCGGCAGCUUCACGAGGCGCCUGGAACCCGUGGUGUCGGACGCCAUCUACGACAGCAAAGCCCCCAACGCGUCCAACUUGAAAAUAGUAAGAAUGGACAGGACAGCUGGAUGCGUAACUGGAGGGGAAGAGAUUUAUCUUCUCUGUGACAAGGUUCAGAAAGAUGACAUCCAGAUUCGAUUUUAUGAAGAGGAGGAAAAUGGUGGAAUCUGGGAAGGAUUUGGAGAUUUUUCCCCCACAGAUGUUCAUAGACAAUUUGCCAUCGUCUUCAAAACUCCAAAGUAUAAAGAUGUCAACAUUACGAAACCAGCCUCCGUGUUCGUCCAACUUCGGAGGAAAUCUGAUUUGGAAACUAGCGAACCAAAACCUUUUCUCUACUACCCUGAAAUCAAAGAUAAAGAGGAAGUGCAGAGGAAACGGCAGAAGCUCAUGCCCAAUUUCUCGGACAGUUUCGGCGGCGGCAGUGGUGCUGGAGCUGGAGGCGGAGGCAUGUUUGGCAGCGGCGGUGGAGGAGGGGGUGCUGGAAGUGCGGGCCCAGGAUAUGGCUUCCCCCACUACGGAUUUCCUACAUACGGUGGAAUUACCUUCCACCCUGGAACCACUAAAUCUAAUGCUGGGAUGAAGCAUGGAACCAUAGACACCCAAUCUGAAAAUGACCCUAAAGGGUGUGACAAGAGUGAUGACAGAGAAGCUGUACGUCUCUCUGGGAAAGUAAGAGAAACCACAGAAGAAGAUAAGGAGUCCUGCAGUGGGGACGAGGAGGCUGAUCUGACGUGUGCGGUGGGGGUCAAGGAGGAGAAUUACAGGUCCCCGGACAACCUCUUUCUAGAGAAGGCUAUGCAGCUUGCCAAACAGCACGCCAAUGCCCUUUUUGACUACGCAGUGACAGGAGACGUGAAGAUGCUGCUGGCUGUCCAGCGCCAUCUCACCGCCGUACAGGAUGAGAAUGGGGACAGUGUCUUACACUUAGCAAUCAUCAACCUUCAUGCUCAGCUUGUGAGAGAUCUGCUAGAAGUCACAUCUGGCUUGAUUUCUGAUGAGAUAAUCAACAUGAGAAAUGACCUCUAUCAGACGCCCUUGCACUUGGCAGUGAUCACCAAGCAGGAGGCUGUGGUGGAGGACUUGCUGAGGGCCGGGGCCGACCUGAGCCUUCUGGACCGCUUGGGUAACUCUGUUUUGCACCUAGCUGCCAAAGAAGGACACGAUAAAAUUCUCAGUAUUUUACUCAAGCACAAAAAGGCAGCACUACUUAUCGACCACCCCAACGGGGAAGGUCUGAACGCCAUUCACAUAGCCAUGAUGAGCAACAGCUUGCCAUGUCUGCUGCUGCUGCUGGCCGCCGGGGCGGACGUCAACGCCCAGGAGCGGAAGUCGGGGCGCACGGCGCUGCACCUGGCCGUGGAGCAGGACAACAUCUCCUUGGCUGGCUGCCUGCUCCUGGAGGGUGAUGCCCACGUAGACAGCACCACCUAUGAUGGAAGCACACCGCUGCACAUAGCAGCCGGGAGAGGGUCCACCAGGCUGGCAGCUCUCCUCAAAGCAGCAGGAGCAGAUCCCCUGGUGGAGAACUUUGAGCCUCUGUAUGACCUGGAUGACUCUUGGGAUGAGGACGGAGAGGAUGAAGGAGUCGUGCCUGGAACCACACCUCUAGACAUGGCUACCAGCUGGCAGGUAUUUGACAUAUUAAAUGGGAAACCCUAUGAGUCAGAGUUUACAUCUGAUGACUUACUGGCACAAGGAGACAUGAAACAGCUGACUGAGGAUGUCAAGUUGAAGCUCUACAAGUUGCUAGAAAUUCCUGAUCCAGACAAAAACUGGGCUACUCUGGCACAGAAGCUAGGUCUGGGGAUACUAAAUAAUGCCUUUCGGCUGAGUCCUACUCCUUCCAAAACCCUUAUGGACAACUACGAGGUCUCUGGGGGGACAGUAAGAGAGCUGGUGGAGGCCCUGAGACAGAUGGGCUACACGGAAGCGAUUGAAGUGAUCCAGGCGGCCUUCUGCACCUCGGGGACUGCAGCCCCUGGCCCGGUGAAGACCGCCCCCCAGGCCCCCUCGCUGCCCUUCUCGCCUAUCUCCACAAGGCAAAUAGACGAGCUCCGGGACGACAGCAUCUGUGACAGCGGCGUGGAGACGUCCUUCCGCAAACUCAGCUUUACCGAGUCUCUGACCAGCGGCAGCUCAUUGCUGACUCUUAACAAGAUGCCCCACGAUUACGGGCAGGAAGGACCGAUAGAAGGCAAAAUUUAGCCUGCUGGCAGUUUCCAACAUCGUGUAAACCAAAGCUCUGAAAUUCCACCGCACUGUCUGUGUGAGAAGGAAGGUUAAGUGCAUCCCAAGGUGCUCAGAGGAACGCCGGCCUGCCUGGAUUGUUCGGGAUGUAAUUCAGGGCCUUUACACGUGGCUUUCUUUCUGAGUUCCUAAUGAGUUUUACUUCAGUUGACUUACAGAUGGCAUGUACAGUCACAGCCCUCGGCUGGGCUGGCGACCCGGGGGGGCUGAAGUGGUUUGCUGUGCUUUACCAGCUGCUUUCUGUUGUCAUUGCUGCUGUCCCUCUGCUGCUUUCCCACUGUCAUUAAAAGCUGCCGCAGUCCUCUCCCCACCUGGUGGUCUCUCUCGCCAUCCACAUCACAGCUGUGCAUUCAAAAUUAAAGAUUACUGGGCUUUUCCUAACGAGAUUAUCUGAUCUGAGAAAAUAUGUACAUGUCAAUAUUUAAACAUGGUUACAAUCAGUGCUGAAAGUGGUAUUCUCCCCUUUCUCUGCAUUUUGCUAUUGUAAAUAUGUUUUUUAGAUCAAAUACUUUAAAGGAAAAAAAUGUUGAAUUUAUAAAUGCUAUUUUUUAUUUUACUUUUAUAAUAAAAGGAAAAGCAAACUGAUGACCUCAUCUUGUUUGAUCUCUACAGAUACUUUUCUAAGGACUGUUCCUUGUAGUCAUGGGAUCCUUCCACAGCCUGGUUAUCACAUGCACAGUUCUCUCUAGAAUCCAUUGUUUGAUCCAGAAAGGAGCCAAAACAAAUUAUCAGAAGAGAAGCGCUGUAACCUGAGAUGAAAGCUUUGGGUUUGUCACAUCCUUGCUAGGCUCAUUUCAUUUAGGCUGCAUCACCCCGCCUUCCUGCAUCUCACGCAAAACUGUUCCUCUUCAACCCUCAGUGUGUUCUCAGUGCCUCUGGGACUCAGUAUUGAAACUGCGGCAUACCAGGGGUCUUCAACAAGAAGCUCUAGCACAAAGCUUUACUGGACUACUCUUCAGUCAAAAGACUGAAAAUAAGGGAGAGGAGAAAUGAAAGGGUUUAAGUGAGGUGCUGUGAUGAACACUGUGAUAUGCUUCCAAGAGCCUUCUUCAACAACGGGCUUGUCAGCCCAGCUGCUGGGGCCACACUAAACCAGGCCUUCGUCGUCAUUUCAACAAUCUUCACCAGGCGUAGAUCCCAUCUCAAGAAACCACUUUCUUGGCUCAUCCGUAGACAGUAACUCAUCUGUUUAAGGUUCAUCAUGAGAUUGCAGGAGUUCAGUCACACCUUCAGGCUCCACUUCUAAUUCCAGUCCUCUUGCAUCUGCAUCUCCUUCCUCCACUGAAAUCUUGACUCCCUCAAAGUCUUCCACAAGCGCUGUAAUCAACUUCUUCCAAACUCCUGUGAACGCUGAUAUUUUGACCUCAUGAAUCAUGAAUGUUCUUAACAGCAUCUAGAAUGGUGAAUCCUUUCCAAAAGAUUUUCAAUUGACUUUGCCCAGAUUCAUCAGAGGAAUCACUAUCAAUGGCAGCCAUAGCCUUAUGAAAUGUGUUUCUUAAAUAAUAAGACUUGAAAUUGAAAAUUACACCUCAAUCCCUGGCUGCAGAAUGGACGUUGUGUUAGCAUGAAAAUGAAAACAUGAAACAACACUUACCUUGUUGCAUAUCUCCAUCAGAGCUCUUGGGUGACCAGGCACAUUGUCAACGAGCACAUUUUGAAAUCUUUCUUCCUGAGAAGUUGGUCUUAACAGUGGGCUUAAAAUAGUCAACAAACCAUGUUGUAAACAAAUGUGCUGUCAUCCAGGCUUUGUUGUUCCAUUGAUAGAGCACAGGCAGAUUAGCUUUAGCAUCAUUCUCGAGGGCCCUAGGGUUUUCAGAAUAGGAAAUGAGAAUCGGCUUCAACUUAAACGUACCAGCUGCCCUAGCCCCUAACAAGAGAGGCAGGCUGUCCUUUGAAGCUUUGAAGCCAGGCACUGCCUUCUCUCUAACUAUGAAAGUCCUAGAUGACGUCUUCCAAUGGAAGGUUGUUUCAUCUACAUGGAAAAUCUGCUGUUCAGUGUAGCCACCUUCAUUAAUGCUCUUAGCUAGAUCUCUGAAUGGAUAACUUGCCGCAGUUUCCACAUCAGCACUUGCUGUUUCACCUUGAACUGUGAUGGUACGGAGAUGCCUUCUUUCCUCCAACGUCAUGAAUCAACCCCUGCUGGUUUCAGACUUGUUGUCUACAGCUUCUUCACCUCUCUCAGUCUUUACAGAACUGAAGAGUUAGGGCCUUGCUCUGGAACAGGCUUUAGCUUAAGGGAUGUUGUGGCUGGCUUGAUCUUCUAUCCAGACCACUACAACUUUCUCCACAUCAGCAGUAAGGCUCGUUUGCUUUCUUAUCGUGUGUGUUCACUGGAGUAGCACUUUUCAUUUCCUUCAGAAACUUUUCCUUUGCCUUCACAACGCGGCUAACUGGUGCAAGAGGCCUUGCUUUCAGCCUGUCUUGGCUUUCAACAUGCCUUCCUAAGCUCAAUCAUUUCUAGCUUUCCAUUUAAAGUGAGAGAUGUGCAACUUCUCCUUUCACUUGAACACUUCGAGGCCACUGGAGGGUUAUUAAUUGGCCUGAUUUCAAAAUUGUUGGGUCUCAGGGAAUAGGGAGGACUGAGGAGAGGGAGCGAGACAGGGAACGGCCAUUCAAUGGAGCAGCCAGAACACACGCACCAUUUUUCAAUUAAGUUCACCAUCUUGUCUGGGCAUGGCUUGUGACACCCCAAAACAUUUACAGCAGUACCAUCAAAAAUUACUGAUCACGGGUCACCAUAAGGGAUAGAAUAAUAAUGAUAAUGAAAAAGUUCAGAAUAUUAC